AUGGGUGCUAUCACGACGACUAAGACGAGUUCUCGGCCGAGUUUCAGCGAUUUACCCCUCCGCAAGGGUGACCCAAAAGCAUCUGCAUGGGGCUUAUGGGGUGCUGAAGAUGAGUUGGGAACUCUCAAUUUACUCAACCCAUCUCUGGUCAAGGCUGCGACUGCUGAGGUUGUUACUGGAGAAACGGUACCCCUGAAUCUUCCCCUGAAUGCAUUUAUCCAACCGAUGAACCCAGUCCGCAAGCCAUGUUCCCAUAACAUCAUUGCUAAAGGACAUGCAAAUGAUGACGAACUAGACAUCAAUACCCAGGGAUCAAGUCACUGGGACGGUCCUCGACAUUAUCCUUACCAGUCGACUCUUCAGUACUACAACGGUGUGACUCAAGACGACAUAUCUGGUCCUAAAUCUAACUUAAAGAUUGGACUCCAAAAUAUCGCCAACAAGACGGUCACUGGCCGAGGCGUUCUUCUGGAUUGGUAUUCUUGGGCCAUCGAACAAGGUAUCCAGAUUGAUCCAUUCUCAGCUCACGGUAUUCCACUCUCCGAAUUGAAGGCCGUUGCGAGCGCCCAAAAGGUCCACUUCCGUACUGGCGAUAUACUUCUCGUCCGCACCGGGUGGCUGGAAGCUUAUCGCGCUCUGUCUGUGGACCAGCAAGCCGCGCUACCACAUCGGCAAGUCAGGUCAAGUUGCGGGGUUGCAGCGACUGAAGAGUCGAUUCAAUGGCACUGGGACAACGCUUUCGCGGCUGUAGCGUCUGACACAGUCGCAUAUGAAGCUUGGCCUAGUCCGAAGCUAUGGGGUGUUAGCAUGCACGAAGUCUUCCUCAGCGGAUGGGGCAUGCCUAUUGGAGAGAGUUUCGAUCUCGAAGAGUUGGCCGCGAAAUGUAAGAAGGAGCAGAGAUGGUCGUUCAUGUUUGUGAGUGUGCCGUUGAACGUCCCUGGCGGCGUUGCUAGCCCGCCAGGAGCUGUGGCGAUCUUCUAG